UUUGCUUUGCCGUAGCCAGUUCUAACGUUAACCGUAUGGUAAAGAAAAAAGAGAGCUUCGAAUACUGUAUUUUUGUCGGAUAGCCCUUUGCUGUAACAGCAUCAAUGCCUCGCCUUGCAUUGGAUGUUUGCGCUCAGUGCCAGCAGAGACGGCUUUUGCAGUAGUUCGCACCGAUGGUUCUCGACGUGGGAGCUACAGGAAUGGGAUGAUCCAAAUGUUGACCAAUGGUUGUUUUGAAAAAAAUUAUGUAUUUAUUUUAAGAGAUUAUCUUCAAACGAUACUAUCGCCGUGAUUCGCGCUCUGUCCAUUGUGUGAAGAAGAAUGUCUCCACCGGUGUCGACUCUGCUAUCCGGACUGUGGCUGUGCUUGGUUCUGUCCCGUGCUGCUAGGCCGAUGUGGAAAGCUUGUGACAAUGGCAAGCUCUUGCUGGGGAGAGACCUGCCCCCGUCAGUUGUGUGGAGCUGUCCUGUGAUUUCCUGGCCAGAGUCCACUACCCAGAAGAUUGCUAGCAUUGACACAAAGUAUCCCCCACAGCGGAUCGAGCACGUCUGCAUGGACACACCCAUCACAUACAAUCACACUAUCCCCAACAGUGGUGCUCACCGGACUGUAGGAGCAGAGAGUGGAGAGUACCUGUACUGCCCCCCUCAGCGCUGGCUCAACAACCUGCAGCAUGGAGCAACAGUGUUGCUGUACCAUCCGUGUGCUCCUGUUCGUCAGCGUGACCUGCUGUCUGUCCUGGGCCACUGCUGUCUGUCUGACUACAUCAUGACGCCACACCCUAACCUCAGCAAACACAGACCGUUAGUGCUGGUGUCCUGGGGUCGCACGCUGGAGCUGUCCCAUGUGACCACGUCGGAGGUCUGUGAUUGGCUGCAGUCGACAGCGGCACACGGGAACCGUGGCGACGUGGAUCAAAGCAGACAGUAUAACUUGCUGUUGACCCAUCCUGCAGAUCACAAACACGCUUACCCAAAGCAAAAGUCUCUGAGGCAGUGCUGUGAGGAGACCCUCUCUCUUCUGGAUGGAUGGUUGGAGGUGACAGACUGGGGGAGAGGGAGGGUCCGCAAGAGCCGAGCUGCACUCAGGAAGGAGGGGGAGAAAGUGAGACGGACCACCCUGGACAGAACCGAGCCGAACAGAGUCCAGAAACAUGGAACCACACUCCAACCUGAAGCACAGGGCCAAGCCACAGUGAGGGAUACACAGGGAGGCAUGGACCGAGAACUCAAAGUGACUCAACCUCACCGCAGAGAAAAUGACACUAAUGAAAAAGAUCCCAGAGGCAAAGUGAGAGAAACAGACUGGGUGAACCAGAACGAAGCAGAGGACAAGAGGCAGAGCGGGAAAACGGGAGACAUCCAGGAGAGAGAGGAGAAGAGCAGCAGACACGAGGGAGAGACACAGCCCAUGGACUCUCCAACCAAGAGGAAAAAGCCUCUGUCUCAGAGUCAGCCCAAACAGCUGGCUGUCACUCAGGCAAACAGCCAGGACAGGAGAGCAGACUGUGAUGGUAGGGUGGGCCACUGCGAGUGCACUGAGACCGUAGCUCCGCUAGGGGCCGCUGUGGCUGGACCCGGUGACAGGAUGCUGCCCACUCCGCGGACAGACGAGGCGGUGUGGGCGGCGGCGGCGUUGGGCUUCCUCCUGGUGCUGCUGGUGCUGUCCGUGCUGCACACGCGCCUCUACCGCCACUGGCGCACAACGCCCAGCAUGUACUGGCACGACUCCAAGCAGGACUACGACAGGGUGGCAGAUGUGAUCCACAGGAGGCUGAAGAUGCCAGGGAGGAGGAAGAGGAGGGCGUCCAAGAGCCGAAGACAGGAGUGUGUCCUCCUACCGCCCAGCUCCAGCACAGAGGAGGACGAGUAGAAACAGGUCUCUCAUCCCUCUCUCCCUCCAUCUGUUUAUUACAUCCGUCUUGUCUUUACCCUGUGAGAAGAGAAGAAAGAGGAGAGGACAUUGGGAACUAAAAGCAGGGUACCCUGUACUGGCCUAAUAACGUUGCUAUGCUGAAGAAACAUUUUAUGGAUUUUGUUUUUGUAACGAGACCUCAAACAGGUACAUCUUCUAUUGCCGGUACUUAAGAAGGAAUAUUUGAGUAUUUUAACUGUCAUACAACACUCCAUAGUACAAAACCCUAUUCAAUCAGAUCGCAUUACAGUAGAUCAUUCACAAUCACCACCAAUGACAUCGUUUUACUACAAACUCAAGCCUUUUCUCAUUGGGGCAGAGUCAGACUUAGGAAAUGUACACCUUUCCUACGCACUUGUAAGUAGUCGAUAUUCAGAUUUGCCAUAUGAAGGUGCGUAACAAGAUAUGCGGGUGUGGCUCCCACAAUAAAUUAAAUUCAACCCCAGAAAACCCACCCACUAGGUGGCCGACAGAAUUGACCAGGGAGUUUUCGUUCAAUUCCUUUUUUUUUCCCUGUUCUGUUAUUUUAAACAAACCUUUUAAAUAUGUAUUUGGACAGUGAGGAUAACUGUCACGUUCGUUGAAUGGAGGAGACCAGGGCGCAGCGGGAUGUGAAUACAUUCUUCUUUUUAAUGAAACGAAGAACACUAAACAAACUUUACAAAACAACAAAAGGAACGUGAAGGUAUAUAUAAACGAGUGCAGACACAGGCAACUAACCAUAGACAUACAAAACCCCUAGACAGGACAAACCACCCUUUGUCACACCCUGACCUAACCAAAAUAAUCAAGAAAACAAAGAAUACUAAGGUCAGGGCGUGACAAUAACUUCUUUCUAUUUAGAUCCCAUGUUUCUUAUGAGGCGAGAGUACAGGAUGUCACCUUUAACUUGAGGGUAUUUUCAUACACAUCUGUUUUACCGUUUAGAAAUGAAGGGACUAUGUAUCUAUUCCAGACAUUUGAAGAAGUAUUUGGAUGAAUUCACUUAGUCUAUUAAAGUUAUUGAAAGUUGAGUAUUUGGUCCCAUAUUCCUUGCACUCAAUGGCUACAUUAAGCUUGUGACCCUACAAGCGUCUAUUGUAAGUAAGAACAGAAUGUUUCAGAACACCUCUACAUUAAUGUGGAUGCUACCAUGAUUAUCAGUAAUCAUGAAUGAAUCGUGAAUGAUGAUGAGUGAAGGUUAGAGGCACAAAGAUCCCCCCCCCCUCCAAGAAAUUACUAACCUCUCCUGUUGUUGGUAACAAGUCAGAGGUUAGCAUGUUUUGUUGUAGCUAUCAGGAUUCAUUUGGAAGUGUUCAGAAACAUCUGCUCCCAUAGAAAGAUAUUUACUCCAGUCAUCGUUCAUUUCCUAUUGGGCAAAAUAUAAUCUGAAACACAACCAAAAACAAACUGCAAAUGCAUCCAACAAGUUUGUAGAGCCAAAAGCUUGAUGUAAUCUUUAGGGUCAAGGGAUAUGGAACCAAAUGCUCAACUUUUGAUUACUUUACGCUACGUGAAUGUGUCCAAAUACUAACGACUUCUUCAAAUGGGGGGACUAAACAUUAAACAUAAUUUCUAAACAUUAAAACAUAUGUAUGAAAAUACCCUCGUGCUGACAUUCUGUACUGUCUCAUGAUGUGACAUUCUGUACUGUCUCAUGAUGUGACAUUCUGUACUGUCUCAUGAUGUGACAUU